AUGGUCUCUUUGAUUGGUAGCAGUUCCGGCUCUGGUAGUACCCACAGUGGUACUAGUAGUGGUAGUACUACGGAACAUAACGAGAAUCAUCAUGUCAAUGGCACUACAACAACAACAGCCGACGACGACCACGUGGGUGGUCUUACUACUGCUCCCAACAGCAACCACAAUCACAACGACAUGGACGAAUCGAGUCCUACCGUGAACAGUACAUUUGCGCGAUUGAACGAACGCCUCGUGGAUGGAACGCGGGCGGCCAAGAUUCGCCAUUUGGAAAAGGAACUCUUUGAAUCGCGACGAUCCUUUGCCAUGAAACAAGAAGAAGUGCAUGGGUUGCAAACGCUGUUGGAAAAGUUUUUUUCUAGUAGUGAUGACCAAGAUUCGCGAGAAAUGGAAGAAUUGCAAAAAAAGUUUGACGAAUGGGAAAAAGCCAGUAAGAAACCGCUGGCGGAUGUGGCCCGAUUGCAGGCGGAAAUUGCGACAUUACAGAGUGAUCAUGCGUUUUAUCAAACGGAACUCCAACAAAAGGAUGAACUCUUGUUGCAAAAGGAACAGCAAUUGGCGGAAAAGGAUCGGUUGUUGCAACAGUACAGUAGCAACAACGAAACACCCAAAACGACUGGUACGACGAACAGCAAACAACUAUUGGAUACGCUACAGGAACAAGCCGAGCGACUCUUGACCGCCAAAGAAGGAGGAGAAGGACAGCAGCAGCAACAGCAGCAGUCACCCACCAACUCGGCGGCAUCCGACCAUUCCGAAACGUCGCUCCAAUUGCAGGCAGCACGAAUGCUACUCGCCAAAGAAGUCGAACAACAGCCACAACCACAACAAUCGUCACCACAACUCGACCCGCAAGUUCAACAGACCAUUGCCGACUUGGAACAGGCACUUGCAGAUGCCAGAACCGAAACAAGCACGUUGGCAGAACAAUUGGCCGUCGUCACACUCCAACACGAUGCCGAAAUGAGUCGCAUGAAAUCGGAAGCGGCAUUAUUGCGAGAAAAUCUACACACCACGACUGCCGCCAUGUCUUCUUCCGAAGGAACAUUGUCAUUGCCAGAGGACCCUACGUCCGUCGUCGAAGAACUCCAGAACAAGGUUGUCGAACUACAGAAUCAAAUCGAACUCGACAAUCGAGAUCACGAAGCUGCCAUGAACGUAUUGCGAGCCGAAAAGGAGGAUUUGGAUGCCCAAUUGGCUGCCACCACGGUCGAGUUGCGGGCGCUCGAAGCCGAUCGGAACAACAACAACAACAACAACAACAACAACAACAACAACAACAACAACAGUAGUAGUAGUAUACGGAACAACACGUCACCGACGGACGAUUUCCAAACACCCCUCUCGACACCGGCACAAACACCGCAACGACCCAACACUACUACCACCGAAGAUGGAGACGACGACCGAAUCACCCAACUCGAAACGGAACUAGCCGCCAAAACCAAGGAAAUCUCUCAACUCAAGGGACAAAUCUUUACGCUCAACCGACAAAAGUCACAUGUCGAAAAAAUGUUGGAAACCCAAGAAGCGUCCUUGACGGAAUUCAAAGACGAAGUACGAACGCAAAUUCAACAAGGACUCGAACAGAAUCAAGCCCUGCAAAUGCAACUCCAAAACAUGCACGAAGCACUGGCGCACAAAGAUUCGGUGAUUGCCGCACAAGAAGAAGAAUUUCAAGCCUUUCAAGCCACGGUGGGGUUGCAGAUUCAAAGUUUGGUGCGCAAUACUGGUGGAAAUGGGGCGGCCGCGAGCGACGACACGGGAACGGACGAUGACGACGAAGUGGAGGGGGAAUACGAUAAGGACGGUGGUGAUGGUAAUGAUAAUGAUGAAGACGAGUGGGAGGAUGGGGAUGCGGGGAUCACCAUGGAGGAGGGGCCAAAGGACGACGUUCCACCAGUAGUAGAGAAUGAUGAUAAUGACGACGGAGGCCAAAAGUUGCAGGAGAUGCAACAGCAACUGGACGAGAAAAACCAGCAGCUUGAAGAACGGCGCAAGCUUCAAGAGCAACAAGAAGAACAAUUCGAUUCCAUCAAGGCCAAUCUAGAAUCCCAGCUCCAACGGAAAACGGACGACAACAAAAAACUUCGAUCCGAAUUGGGGAAUCUACAAGAUCAAUUGAAAAUGAAAAAGAAGGCGUUUCAACUGGAAGAAGAUGGAUACCAUCGACACAAGGCCGAGCUCGAAGCACAACUGCAACAGAAAACAAACCAAGUAGAAGAGCUUGAAAAGCAAAUGGAAGAACAAGCCAAGGCGUCGGAACUCGAAGUAUCAUGGUCCCGUAACAUUGAUGCACCAUCGUCGGAUCAAGACACGACAACUUCUUCCACAAAGGGCAACAACAGUGCCUUGCAAGAGCGAGUGAAAGAAUUUGAAAAGGCCAACGGCGACUUGCAAGAAGAAGUCAAACGCUUGCAACAGGAUAUUUCCAAAAAGGAGGCUGAAUUUGAAAAGACAAGUACCGAGUUGCGAGAAGAAGCCGACCGCCUGCGAGAGGAAAUUGCGCAGAAAGAAGCCGCCGCGGAAGAGGACGACGUCGUUGGGAAGGUUCAAGAAAAAAUCAGCCGUUUGGAGCAGGAGAUUGCCAAGAAAGAUGCCAAGUUGGAAGAAUUCGAGGAAGAGACUGGGAAGGUGCAAGAACGAAUCAGCUGUUUGGAACAAGAAAUCGCAUUGAAGGUGGCAGAAGUCGAAGACUUUGAGAAAGAGACGGGGAAAGUGCAAGAAGUCGUGAAUCGUUUGGAGGAAGAGAUCCAGAGUAAGAGUACAAAGGUGAUUGACUUUGAAAAGGAGACAGCCAAGUUGCAGAAACAAGUGAACCGCAUGCAGCAAGAGAUUGCCAAGAAGGAUGCGAAAAUUCAGCAACAGACGGAAGAGCUCAAGAACUUCCAGGCGCAAAUUGAAUCCGAACUGAACAGUCUGCAAGCCAAUACCGAGUCGAGGAUUCAAGACGAGCUUGCCGACGACAAUGAGAAGGCGAGGCUGCAGCAAGAACUCGCGUCGCGGGAAGACAAAGAUAACAACCUGCAAUCGCGAGUCUCAGCGCUGGAGGAGGCAAUCAUGAAAAAGGAUGAGAAAUUUAGAGAGGAAGUUGACAAACUUGAGGCUCAAAUUUCGGGCUUGCACGUUGCAGUGGCCGAAAGAGAUGUGACGGUGCAGGAGCAAAAAAUUGAAAUACAGUCCUUGCAAAACGGCGCCCCGAAGCAACAACCACGGGGUCGCAAAAACAAAUCCGAUGACGUGGAGACUUUGCGAGAAGAUCUGGUGGCUAUGCUAGAGGCCGUCGCUGUCCAAGAGCAGGAACUUCAGGAACAGCGAGAGUCUGUGACGGCCGCCGAAGAAAAGCACAAGAAAGAGCUAGCAAGCGUGGAAGAGCUAAAGGUCGAACUUGUCGCCAUGCUUGAGAACGUUGCCAUCCAAGAACAGGAAGUGGAAGAGCAACGAGGAGCCAUGAAAAAAGAAACCCAACAAAUCUCUGAUGAAAAAAGCAAACUUGUGGACGAUGUGACGCGACUCGAAAAAGAGCUGGAAGAGCAAAAAUCCAAACUUUCCGAAGUUACUGAUAGCAAAAGAGCCGACCAGGAGGACUUGGAAGCCGCCAGGAAUAUCCUGCAGGCUGAGCUUGAUGGCAUUAAGGAGGAACAUAAUGAACUGCUAACCAAAUCUGCCAAGCAAGAAGAGGAACUGAAAAAUGCCCAGUCCGAACUGGAAGCCUUGGAGGCCUCCAGGAAUAUCGUUCAAGCGGAAAUGGAUGAGAUGAAGGCAGAACAUGCUGAGCUAGUGACAAAAUCUGCCAAGCAUGAGGAGGACUCACAGAAUACUCAGUCACAAUUGGAAGACAUGGAAGCCGCCAGGAAUAUCCUACAGGCUGAGGUUGAUGGCAUGAAAGCGGAACAUGAGGAACUGCUGACCAAAUCUACCAAGCAAGAAGAGGAACUGAAAAUGCCCAGCGAACUGGAAGCCUUGGAGUCCCAGGAAUCCCUACAAGCGGAAAUGGAUGAGAUGAAGGCAGAACAUGCUGAGCUAGCUGAGGUUGAUGGCAUGAAAGCGGAACAUGAGGAACUGCUGACCAAAUCUGCCAAGCAAGAAGAGGAACUCAAAACUGCCCAGGCGGAACUGGAAGCCUCAGAAGUCACCAGGAAUGCCCUACAGGCGGAAAUGGAUGAUCUGGAGGCAGCACAUGUUGACCUAGUGACAAAAUCUGCCAAACAUGAGGAGGACACACAAAACACUCACUCACAAUUGGAAGAUGUAGAAGCUGCCAGAAAUAUCCUACAGGCUGAGCUUGAUGGAAUCAAAGCGGAUCAUGCGGAACUGCUGACAGAGUCUGCCAAGCAGGAAGAGGAACUCAAAACUGCCCAGGCGGAACUGGAAGCCUUGGAAGUCUCCAGGGAUACCCUACAGGCGGAGCUGGAUGGGAUCAAAGCUGACAGGCCGACCUUGUGGCAAAAUCUGUACAGCAUGAGGAGGAUGCACAGAUUACUCAGUCACAACUGGAAGACAUUGAAGCAUCCAGAAAUAUCCUGCAGGCUGAGCUGA